CUCGGGUGUUCACGCGCAGACGCCUGUGAGUGUUUUGAACGUAGUGGCUAAGUAGUUAGCUUCAGCGUCGUCUCUGUGGAAUUCCACUCAGACAAACAGACAGACAGAAUGCAGAGUGCCAGUUCUGGGAGCGGGGAUCUGAGGUACUUUCCUUCCAUGUACACUUCCUUUCCACACUUCACCGUUCCUGAUAUGAGCAUCUCAAAGGGACAAACUGGCGGCUCGCUCCACCUGCCGGGAAGCUCCAUGACCAACUCUAGCUGUGAGAGGAGAAGUCUGAGGAAGCACAGGAGAAGGACAGAUGACGAAGACUGCACCGCAAAAAGGCCGAAGAUGAUGGACGAGGGCGAAUCCGAUCCCUUAGAGGACACAAGCUCCCGAUCAGACCCGAGGUGGUUGAGGGGCUGUGCGACAGUUUCUCCGACGAUUCAGCACUCUGCUCCGGCCAUCUCCUCGUCAUCGAACAACACAGUACAGAUACAGUACAGUCAGAGUGCUUCGCCUGCGUCCACCAGGGCGGAGACAGAGGGCUCCUGUAUGGAGGUGGAGGCGGCGCAGAGGAAGCUGCAGGAGAUCGAGGACAGAAUCACUCUGGAGGAUGACAGCGAUGAGGAUCUGGACGUGGAGCCGGUCCAGCGCAGACCCGUGCUCGUGCUGUCCGAGAGCCUGAGGGAGGGCCUACAGCACGGCAUCGCCGACAUCCUCCCUCACACAGUAGCACAAUCAGUGAGCCGUUCGUGUAUGGAGCUGGUGCUGUGGCGCCCCCUGGAGGACCCGCUCACUCAGCAGCUGAAGGACUCUCUCCAGAGACAGCAGUGCAAACAGCAGCCAGCGUCCAAACAGACACCGACCCAGACACCCGUAAACAUCAAAGUGCCGCCGGAUGAGCACCUAUUCAGCCCUGUCUCGGUUUCCGGCUCCACAGAGGAGGACAUGGAGCUAUAGAGUGUAUAGAGACUUCCUCUCCAGAGGUUCGACCGGAGAGCUUAGAGUUCUGCCAAAACGCCAGCAAGUCGAGCUCUUAGUUUUGCACUACGGAGGUGGAACGCGAGGGUUGUCUUUUUGGUACCAAUGUCUCAUGCAUCAUAUUAUACUGGGCCUGUCUUUGGUUAGCAGAUACCGUACACGUCUCUCAUACACGUACCGCAGAUACAGUACGAUGUACAUGCAUCACCGUGUGACAUCAUGGCUGUUCAUUGCCAACCCUUCCAGUGAUUCUAUGUGACGUAGGAUAUUAACCAGUAUUCACGCUUUCAGGUCGUCAUGACGCCAGUCGCGCCAAUUUCUUGUUAACUGUUCAUAAAAAUAAAAAAUAAUAAUAAGCUUGACUCGUACAAAAGUGAAUCACCUCUCACGCCAGGUGUCAAUGCCGAAACAGGAAACUAACCAACUACGGCGGGUUGAUCGAAGCAGAUUUAUAGCUUCCCCUUUUACUUCCUGAGCUGUUCUGUUCCUCACAUACUCUUAUUUUAAAAGAAUGACAUCAUCUUUUUUUCCAUUCAUUUAUAGAUACAAUAAAUUUUGUGGAAAAUUGUGUUCAUGUUCUCGUUUACAGUCGUUUGUUUAACUGUCACGUUUUUUUUUCUCUUUCAGGAAAAAACAGCUGUAUUAUUAGUUUUAUUAUUAUUAAUAAAAAAAAAAAGUUACAGUUUUACCGUAGGUUGGUACGAGGCGGUGAUACUGGAGACUUCUUCCUUUGAAGUUCAGGGCCUUUUCACAUCGAUUUGUUUCCCCCUAUGGACAGCCUUUAAGUUAUUGUUGUUUU